AUGUCAGCUACACACCUUAAUACUACAAAGAAUCAUCGAUCAUAUGCCCAAUCUACAGAUUUCCUGAACUUGGAGGAACCACCAGCAGCUAAGGAAAGUCCCAGUGGGUCCCAGUUUUGCCUAGCAGAUUUCAAUGAUGCCAACGACAAGAUUUGUGCAGGAGACAGCAGCUACACACGUAAUUACGAACAGGACCUCAGACAGGCCCGACUGCUGAAUGAGGAUGAUACCGUUGCUAGACCGCCAAUUGGGGAGCCCGUUAGGCGGAGAUCCACUAACUACGUCGAUGCUUUGCGGGAGAAGGCCAGAAGUCAGGCUCGGAAGCAGGAUCGUGCGCCUUCGCAAGAUCAACCUCCCGUGUUCAAACCCUCUUACACGACUGGGAAGCAGGAAAUUCCUUCAGAAGCACAAGAGGAAUAUAAUGAGCGAACAGAAGGGUCCAUACCACAGCUAGAACACAGGAAAUCAUCUUUUGAGUAUGAAGAUUUUAAGAAGGAUGUUUAUGACAGACUGAACAUGUUUGACAAAGAAUAG